AUGCGACGUCUCCUCUUGGAGUUGUUCAACCUCAAGAAACUUCGCGAGAACAUUAACCCUGAUGAGGCGGCGGCUUGUGGCGCCGCCAUCCAAGCUGCCAUACUCACCCGUGAGAGUCACCGUAAGUUGCUGGACUUGGUGCUGUUGGACACCACGCCGCACUCUCUCGGAGUGGAGACGGCCGGAGGCGUCAUGACCGUGCUGAUCCCCAAGAACAGCACCGUGCCCAUAAAGAAGAGGCAAAUCGUAUCACUUCAAAACUCCGAUGAGAAGAAUGGUGUUGUUAUCUCGGUGUUCCAGGGCGAGAGGUGCAGAGUCCGUGACAACGACUUGCUCGGCGAGCUAGUGCUAUUGGGCGUCAACCCGAAGCAGCGAGAAGGGAGCAGCUCGCUCCGGUGUGCUUCGAUGCCGACUGCAAUGGGCGUCUUGACUGUGUCCGCUGGGUACGAGGCCACCGGACAAAAGAACAAGAUCAUUACCAUCACCAAGGACAAGGUAGGGCCGCGGCACACGGAGACGUUGGAGAAUGACGAGGCCAACACGAAGAGGGUUGCUGCGAGGAACAUGCUGGAGGGCUUCGCGUACAGUGCGAGGCGCGCCAUUGAGGCCGAGACGAAGAAGUUGGACGACGCCCUUCUCGUCAUCGACAAUGUCAUUCAGUGGAUGGAUGGCGACCAGCUGGCUGGUGACAGAAAAAACCAAGAGAUUUUGGAGGAGAACAAGAGAGCGUGCAGCCCAGUGCUGAGAAGUUAG